AUGGAACAGCCCGAGGACAUGGCGUCGCUGAGCGAGUUCGACUGCUUGGCGGGCAGCAUCCCGGCCACCAAGGUGGAGAUCACCGUGUCCUGCAGGAACCUCUUGGACAAAGACAUGUUUUCCAAGUCUGACCCAUUGUGUGUCAUGUAUACUCAAGGCAUGGAGAACAAGCAGUGGCGGGAGUUCGGGCGCACCGAGGUCAUCGACAACACUCUCAAUCCUGACUUUGUGCGCAAGUUCAUUGUGGAUUACUUCUUCGAGGAGAAGCAGAACCUCCGUUUUGACCUAUACGAUGUUGACUCCAAGAGCCCUGAUUUAUCCAAACACGAUUUUCUGGGCCAGGCCUUCUGCACCCUUGGAGAGAUUGUGGGGUCCCCUGGGAGCCGCCUGGAGAAGCCCCUCACGAUAGGAGCAUUCAGCCUGAAUUCCAGGACAGGCAAACCCAUGCCAGCUGUGUCCAACGGAAGUGGUCUUUGGAUGGAAAGUUUGAGAACCACUGGUCUGGAAGCCUCCGGUGGUGUCCCAGGGAAGAAAUGUGGCACCAUCAUCCUGUCCGCUGAGGAGCUCAGCAACUGUAGGGAUGUCGCCACAAUGCAGUUCUGUGCCAACAAGCUGGACAAGAAGGAUUUCUUUGGGAAGUCUGAUCCCUUCUUGGUGUUCUACAGAAGCAAUGAGGAUGGAACGUUCACCAUUUGCCACAAGACUGAGGUCAUGAAAAACACCCUAAACCCAGUUUGGCAAACGUUCUCCAUUCCUGUGAGAGCCCUCUGCAACGGGGACUAUGAUCGGACCAUCAAGGUGGAGGUGUAUGACUGGGAUCGAGAUGGCAGCCAUGACUUCAUUGGGGAGUUCACCACCAGCUACCGGGAGCUGGCCCGCGGGCAGAGCCAGUUCAACAUCUAUGAGGUGGUAAAUCCGAAAAAGAAAAUGAAGAAAAAGAAAUACGUGAAUUCUGGCACGGUCACCCUGCUUUCCUUUGCUGUGGAGUCAGAGUGUACCUUCCUUGACUACAUCAAAGGAGGGACCCAGAUCAACUUCACAGUGGCCAUUGAUUUCACUGCCUCCAAUGGGAACCCCUCACAGUCCACGUCCCUGCACUACAUGAGCCCCUACCAGCUGAACGCCUAUGCGCUGGCACUGACAGCCGUCGGGGAGAUCAUCCAGCACUACGACAGCGACAAGAUGUUCCCUGCCCUUGGCUUCGGGGCCAAGCUGCCCCCCGACGGCAGGGUGUCCCACGAGUUUCCGCUGAACGGCAACCAGGAGAACCCCUCGUGCUGCGGCAUUGACGGCAUCCUGGAGGCCUACCACCGCAGCCUGCGCACGGUGCAGCUCUACGGCCCCACCAACUUUGCCCCCGUGGUCACCCACGUGGCCAGGAAUGCGGCGGCCGUGCAGGACGGCUCCCAGUACUCAGUGCUGCUCAUCAUCACUGACGGGGUCAUCUCGGACAUGGCGCAGACCAAGGAGGCCAUUGUCAACGCUGCCAAGCUCCCCAUGUCCAUCAUCAUCAUUGGAGUGGGCCAGGCGGAGUUCGACGCCAUGGUGGAGCUGGAUGGUGAUGACGUGCGGAUCUCUUCCCGGGGGAAGCUGGCAGAGCGGGACAUCGUCCAGUUCGUGCCCUUCCGGGACUACGUGGACCGCACAGGCAACCACGUGCUGAGCAUGGCCCGCCUGGCCCGCGAUGUGCUGGCAGAGAUCCCCGACCAGCUGGUGUCCUAUAUGAAGGCGCAGGGCAUCCGCCCACAUCCCCCACCUGCAGCACCCACACAGUCUCCCCCACAGUCCCCAGCCCACACGCCCCCUGCCUCCCCCCUGCACACGCAUAUCUGA